AUGGACCUGUCCUACAGAUCACCCAUCUCCAUCUNACAGAGUAUCCUGGAGCAGUUCAACCCCGCGCUGGAGAAUCUGGUGUACCUGGGGAACAACUACCUGCGUGCCUUCCACGCGUUAUCCAAAGCGGCCGAAGUGUAUUUUAAGGCAAUCGAGAAGAUUGGAGAGCAAGCGCUGCAGAGCUCCACCUCACAUGUGCUGGGUGAAAUUCUGAUGCAGAUGUCUGACGCGCAGCGACUCCUGAGCUCUGACUUGGAAGUUGUGGCUCAGACCUUCCACGUGGACCUGCUGCAGCACAUGGAGAAGAACACCAAAAUGGAUGUGCAGUUCAUCAGUGAAAGCCAGAAGCAGUAUGAGCUGGAGUACCAGCGCAGAGCCACCAACCUGGAUAAGUGCAUGGCAGAACUGUGGAGAAUGGAGAGGGCCCGUGAUAAAAAUGUCCGGGAGAUGAAGGAGAACGUGAUGCGACUGCGCUCGGAGAUGCAGGCGUUCGUCUCUGAGAGCCAGCGGGAGGCUGAGCUGGAGGAGAAACGCCGCUACCGCUUCCUGGCUGAAAAGCACCAGAUGCUCUACAACACUCUCCUCCAGUUCUACGGCAGGCCCCAGAGACCCCUUGGGGACUUUGCUUCUCCUAUGACUGGGAGCAGAUCCAGCGUCUUCUCUCCAGAGCCUCCAGAAAUGAUGCUGUCUCCUCAACCAGAGCCCCAGAGGCGGCCGCUGCGGAGGACACCAUCAGCCAGUUUGCUCCCAACUGGCCGUACCUCCCGUUCGGGUUCCUUCGGCGAGGCCAGCAGCGGCGGCGAAGGCAGGAGGAGGAGCGGCAUGGCAAGAGUGCAGGCUAUUGUGCCUCACGCCACGGGCGCCAACCGGACCCUGCUGCGCUUUGACCCUGGGGAUGUCAUCACGGUGCUGAUGCCGGACGCGCAGAACGGCUGGCUGUAUGGCAAGCUGGAGGGCUCGUCCACAUGCGGCUGGUUCCCCGAAGCUUAUGUCAAGCCUCUGGAGGAUGCGAGGGAGAUGGAGGAGCCAGCCAUCAGGUCCUUCCCACUGCGAAGCAGUCACAGUAUGGAUGACAUUCUGGACCGUCCCAGCACUCCUUCCUCUAGCAAUUACUGGCCUGCUGCUGCCCAGCCCAGUUUGCCGAACCCAGCUCCCCUCUCAGUGGGUCCUAGCAGUCACCAGAGUGGGGUGGCCACCCUGGUCAGUUCUGGCUCCAAGAAACUGGGCGCAUUUGAGCAGCCCCCUGAACUCUUCCCACGAGGUACCAACCCCUUCGCCACAGUCAAGCUUCGUCCCACGGUCACCAACGACCGCUCGGCACCCAUCAUCCGAUGA